UGCAGAAGGUUUGACAUCAAGUCCGGUGGAAGAGGGUUCUUCAGUCUGCUGCCAUCUGUCAACAAAACUUGGAAGCAUGAGCCGUUUGAAGGAGGCCGCUGUGGGCUUUGCACUGGGAGCAGUGGGAGGCUGCAUACUGGGAGCCACAGAGGACCCAGUAGACCAGAGCCUGUUGGCGCUGACUGCUGCUGGUCCACUGAAGCCAGUGAUGGAGGAGGUCCGGACGGUGGGAGCGCUGGGACUGGGCACCCUGAUGGGAGCUGCGUCCCUGACGGCAGCGAUGACGUCAGCGAUGGCGGGCGUGAUUCUGGCAGCGGCGGUAGCUUCGGUGUUUGUGGCCAUGAGGAACUGUGGCUCCUCCCACACGCCCUCUGCUGGCCUGUGGGCAUCAGCAGGACUCGCCGCCGCCUUCGGCACGACGCUCAGCGGCGCUACGUUCGGCCUUGUGGUGGAAUGGAUCGUACAGAGUUACGGCAUGGUGGGGCUCCUGUGGGCGCUGAGCUUGUUCACGGUGCUCAAACCGCCGCUGCGCUUCGUUUUCCAGCUGCUCUGGAAGCAGGGAACAGCCUGCUGCAGUCUGGGAAAUGACGCCCGGGCCCAAGACAGGACUCAUAUCGAGGCUGCAGAGCUGCAGCAGAAACAGAGGAUGGCUGUGCAGAUAGAGCAGAAGAUCCUGAUUCUGGAGAAAGGAGGCAGCACCAGUGGGUCGGAGCACCAGAGGAGCUGGGCCGCCGAGCGCCAGGAGAGGGAGGGCAUCGAGAGGAGGAAGAUGGAGGCAGAUCAGGCAGCGGCGGAGCAGAGAACCAUCCAGGACUGGAUCGACACUGUGGUGGUCAAACACGUGGACUUCAUGGCGUUCUCAGGCGUCCCGAUGACUGUGGUUGCCAUAGUAACAUCAGGGUUUGGGCUGUUUGGUUACGGAGGCCACCAGUCAGUGUUUAUAGUGCUGCUCGCCUUAGUGGCCGUCAUCGCCUACUACCUCCUGAAAUCUCAGGACUUUAAGUUCUGGAUGUUGGUCGGAUGCAUGGGCAUGCUCGCCUCGUUUGUCAUCGCCAUGCUGACGCUGCACGCCGGUCAGGUGGUCGUCACGGCCGCAAUGAAGAUGAAAGCAGCGGGCCAGAAACUGUCCAGAGAAGACAUCAGCACUCGCAUGAACCAGCAGUCCUCUGUGGAAGCUCUGAACACAGCCUUCUUUGCGGCCAGACUCUGCCAGCUGGGUCUGGGGGCAACAGUAGGGGGCGCUCUGGUGCAGCGGGGGGCAGGGCAGGUGAAGGUGAUUGUGGGGGCAGCUGUGGUGGCGGCAGGUUUACUGGUUGUGGUGGAAGUUUUAGCCCCAGCUCUGGGAGAAGGGGCUACAUCUGGGGCUCUGCUGGGUGUGGUAGCAGCAGCUGGGGUAUCAGUGGGGGCAGCAGCAGCAGCAGCAGCGGGGGGGUGGGGCUCUUGGCCGGGAACUCUGGGAAAUGUAGGAGGGUUAGUUAUAGGAGCUCUAGUGGUGGGAAGGUGGCACAUAGUGAACAUCGGACUGCAGCUGCCGGUGGGAUACGUGUUCGCAAUGAUCAACCCGUUUUAGCUCACAGUUCAUCUGCUGUACUGCAAUACUGUACUAUUAUACUGUACUGUAAUGCUGUACUGUUAUACUGUACUGUAAUGCUGUACUGUUAUACUGUACUAUAAUGCUGUACUGUUAUACUGUAUUAUAAUACUGUAGUAUAAUACUGUACUGUACUAUAAUACUGAACUGUACUACAAUACUGUAAUUCAAUACUGUACUGUACUGUAAUACUGUGCCGUCAUAUUGUACUGUACCAUAAUACCUUGCUGUCAUACUGUACUGUGCUGUGUUGUAACUGGUAACUGAUGCUAACCAAGAGCUAUCAGUGUGUCAGCAGGUAUGUUGAGCCUAAAGUCAGAAUUUUCAAUAUCACGAAUGUGUCUCUCUUUCAACCCGCUACAUCUCCAUGGUAACUGAUGCUGUGGAGCUAGAUUUCCGUGGUAAGUGAUCGUGUGAAGCUAGGUCUCCAUGGUAACUGAUGCUGUGGAGUCAGAUCUCCUUGGCAACUGAUGUUGUGGAGCUAGGUCUCCAUGGUAACUGAUGCUAACCUGGUCCAGGUCCUGCUCAGCGUCUCCCUUUAACCAAACUGUUUCCUGAUGAUGAUGUUUUCUCUGUGAACCUGCUGAUCUGUACGUUACUGAAACACUGAAUGAAGCAGUUACAGCAUCACACACUGGAGGCAUCUUGUUGCCAUGGAAACCUAUACUUCAGCUACUGAUGCAGAAACCCCAUAAACAUGUUUCUGUGUUCGGUCUGUUUACAUCCUGGUACUGCAGCUGAUAGAUCACUGAUCAGAACAUUGAUUUUCUACUGGUAUUGUCAUAGAGACCAUUUAAUCAGGAGCAUUGAUUCACUUUAAAUUGGACAAAAAAUAAAGUGAUUUCCUGCAUUAUG